GUGCAAACAGUCCGGUCAGCUGACUUUGCCAAGUGCGCCGUCAUCCAGGCUAUAAGCGCUCGACCUCUGGGCGCUCCGGUCCGACCCGGUCGCCGCCACCAUGCAGCCCCCCAGCGUGCUGCUGCUCGUUCUCGGCCUGCUGGCCGCGUCCGCCGCCGCGCUCAUCAGAAUCCCACUGCACAAGUUCACAUCUGUGCGUCGAACCAUGUCGGAGUUGGGGGGCCCCGUGGAAGAUCUGAUUGCCAAGGGCCCCGUUUCGAAAUACGCCCAGGGAGUGCCCGCUGUGACUGGGGGGCCCAUUCCCGAGAUACUGAAGAACUACCUGGACGCCCAGUACUACGGGGAGAUCGGCAUUGGGACACCCCCACAGUGCUUCACGGUCGUCUUCGACACCGGUUCCGCCAACCUGUGGGUCCCCUCGAUCCACUGCAAGCUGCUGGACAUCGCCUGCUGGCUCCACAACAAGUAUAACAGCGGCAAGUCCAGCACGUACGUCAAGAAUGGCACGUCCUUCGACAUCCACUAUGGCUCCGGUAGCCUCUCCGGGUACCUGAGCCAGGACACCGUGUCGGUACCCUGCCAGACUCCAACCGUGGCUGGCGUCAAGGUGGAGAGGCAGAUCUUCGGUGAGGCCAUCAAGCAGCCGGGCAUCACCUUCAUCGCAGCCAAGUUCGACGGCAUUCUCGGCAUGGCCUACCCCCGUAUCUCUGUUGACGACGUACUCCCCGUCUUUGAUAACCUGAUGAAGCAGAAGUUGGUGGAGAAGAACAUCUUCUCCUUCUACCUGAACAGGGACCCUAACGCGCAGCCCGGGGGUGAGCUGAUGCUGGGUGGCACGGACUCCAAGUACUACAAGGGCCCCCUGUCCUACCUGAACGUCACCCGCAAGGCGUACUGGCAGGUCCACAUGGACCAGGUGGACGUGGGCACCAGCCUGACUCUGUGCAAGGGGGGCUGUGAGGCCAUCCUGGACACGGGCACCUCCCUCAUGGUGGGCCCCGUGGACGAGGUGCGCGAGCUGCAGAAGGCCAUUGGGGCUGUGCCGCUGAUCCAGGGCGAGUACAUGAUCCCCUGCGAGAAGGUGUCCACCCUGCCCGAGGUCACUGUGAAGCUGGGGGGCAAAGGGUAUAAGCUGUCCUCGAAGGACUAUACGCUCAAGGUGUCCCAGGGCGGGAGGACCAUAUGCCUGAGCGGCUUCAUGGGUAUGGACAUCCCCCCACCCGGUGGGCCGCUCUGGAUCCUGGGUGACGUCUUCAUCGGCCGCUACUACACCGUGUUCGACCGGGAUGAGAACCGGGUGGGCCUGGCCGAGGCCACCAGGCUGUAGCUGCCACGCCUGCCGCGGAGGAGGGAGUCCAGGAGGAGGAGGCCGGCCGCCCCCGCCCUCCUGGCCACCCCGCCACACACUUUCACACUCACACCCCCGCUCCGCGGGUGCCUCCGGCCCGCCGAUUUUUUCUGAGGUUUUCCCCAGCCCUGGUUGUGGAAGUCCCGCCCACACGCCCGUCUGUCUGUCUGUCUGUCUGUCUGUCUGUCUGUCUGCC